AUGGACGCCCCCCGCCGGGACGGCGGCCAUGUGUGGCAGUGCAACGAAGAUGAUCGAAACUGGCCAUCCAACUGGUUCACCCAGGACUGGUACCUCGCCUCCAAGGGGUAUUGGGACGAGCUUGCCAACCAGGGCAUAAUCAAUCCCCCGUGGACAGUGUAUGGUUCGCUCUGCGGCACCCCCACCUUCCCCUCAACGCGCAUGGCUCAGUCGACAUCCCCCUCGAACUCCGCAACAACCAACCUCGUUGCCUCACUUUUCACAGACCCCUCUUUAGCCCGCCCCGAGGCCACAGCUUCCUUUGUGGCGUCCUCGUUUUCGGCGAGCCCAACGGUUCCAGGCACCGUGGCAGUGUCCCUCAGCACAUCUCCAACGGCACUGCCCUCACUCACAGCCACACAGACAGCCACUAGCUCAGUCGCGUCACUUUCAACACAGGCCCCUUCCAAUCCGGGGGUCACGCUAUGGGACUAUCAGGCGAAAGGCACGGUUGUCGCUGCGGCGGUCGCGAUCGGCGUCGGAGCCCUCCUGUGGGGUCUCUGGGCGCUGUUCCGUCAUCGUCUCAAGGCUGUCUACGCACCCCGCGCAUGGUUCCUUCCUCCCGGUUCGCGUCCGCCGCCGGGGACAAUCGCGGCCACCCUUCUGCCCUUCCUCCACCUUCCUCCCCUCAAUGACCCCGUGUCUGAGGCACAGGUGAUGGUCCACGUGGGUGCAUCCGCCCUCGGUAUCGCUGCUCUCACGGCCGUCGUCGGGGUCGGCAUCCUGUUCCCGUUGUCUAUCGCCAACGUUCCCCAUCUGUUCUUGACGACGCCCCAGAAUGAACGAGGGGGAAGGUUGGGUAGUCUCACAGACCUCUCCCUCUUGCGGCUCCUAAACGCCCGAGACCCACCCGAUAGAAGGCUAGCGUUGAGGGCGUUCCUCGUCGCCGGCGAUGUUGUGAACUCCACCUCAGCAAUGGGCGGUUCCCGGACGCGCCUGAUCGUCAUGCUUGUCCUCAUGGCCGCCCUGUCCGUAUGCGGAACGCUCUUUAUCGUGUGGCGGACGUACUCCAAGCUCUCAGCUUACGCUAUUCGCUUUGAAGAUGCCAGCGAGGGACAGAGCAUGGUUUUCAUCCCAGCAGCUAAAGCACCAGCAUGGCAGGGUCUCACAGAAACUGGUAUCCGUCGACGACUGAUGCUGGGGCCGGGAGAAGAGGGGAGCGUUGCGGGCGUCUUCGCGAUUGGCCGGUUCGAUACGAUCAAGGAGAUGGUAAGGGAGCGCGUCCACGUCCUCGAUGUCCUCGAGGAGGCCGAGUCGCUGUACAUCAAAUCAUUCCAGGCCACUCCUGGCUCGUCUAAAAACAUCUCUCCAGAUUCCAACCGUCUCCUCUCGUCUCGUUUCUCUGACCUGAUGGGCAGCACCUCGUCGUCUGGAUCCUUAACCGGUCAACUUGCCGACUUUAAUCCUCCGGGCCAGGGUGGUUCAGCGUUCUUAGAGGUAAGCCAGCGCCAGUCAGUCGUGCGGAGGUUAGGUAAAUUCAGCGUGGGAGAGUCGGUUGUCCGUGAUGAGGAUGGCACGUUCGUACCUGUAAACGAGCCCAAGCCUCCAAAGAACCUCGCCCCGGGUAAGAGACCCUCUCCCGAGGGCCUCACCCCCGCGGAGCGGUCCGCGAAAGAUCUAUUGGCUGCGCUUGAGGAUAGCCAAAAGCGCGAGUCGUACAUGACUCUCGCCUCCGAUCUCACUUCGCCUCACACCACAACGGGAUACCAACCACUCGCGUCCCGGCCUCAGUCGGCUUUAGACCCGUCCAUGCUGGCAGAUCUCAAGGCCAAAAUUACUUGGUCACGCACCCGCCUGCGUAAGCUCAACGCGAACAUCGACAAGGCGCAGCAGGAAGCAAUGUACGAGGUAGCGAUUGGGGAAGGUGCAACGGUCGGCUGGAUCAUCGUCGGCCGUGGCGUGACCUCGCUUCCAUGCGCUCGGCAGCUUCGUGGGCGAACCAAGGAGGACAUCCUGUGGGACAACCUUGCGGAGCCCGCCAGCCAUCGCGAUUUCUGGACCAAUAUCGCUGGCGUUUGCGGGGUUAUCUCCGUUAUCUUCAUCCCGUUCAUGUGCCUCGCUGUGGCGUCGGCACCGGGCUUCGCGCACUAUCUCAGAUUCCUCGAGAAGUUGGCUCGCAGUGACAGUUUCGGUACAGGUGUUGUUGAGAGCUUGGUUCCAGCUGUCGCCAUCAUUCUUAUUCUGUUCACUGGCAUCGCAAUCGUACAGCAUUUGGCGACUCAGACCAGGGCUGCUUCGUACUCGGACCUGCGACUUCUGUCUGUAAAGGGGGUUACCUACCUUCUUCUGGUGGUGGGGACCGUCUGGGUCAUUGCCCUCGGGGCUAUCCUUUACGGCAUGGACGCCUACGCGGAGAACACUCAUAAAGCACGCUCUGUGGGUGACGGGAUCAUGUUCAUCGCUUGGCAAGGUGUGGUCCUGGUUAUCAUACUCUCCAUUAUUCUCCCAGGUAUUGCCAUCAUUCAGCCUCGACGGCUGAUCAACUGGGUCGUGAAGCGUCGCAACGUGGUUACUCCCCGCCAGCUCUUCCACAUCAACAAACCGCCAAACUACAACCCUGCCAUCGGCCUUGCGCCACUCCUCACCGGCAUGUUCUAUCAUCUCGCUCUAUGCGGAGUCUUCCCACUUAUUUCAGUACCGGCCGUACUCCUCGCCUACCUCGCUCUCGUCUCGCAUCAGUGGCUCACCACAAGAGUCCUGUGUGAAACCGGGGGUGGCAUGUCAGACGGCUCUGCCGCUCUCUGGGUUGUCCGGCGGCUUGGCUGGUCCGUCGGUCUACAGCCUUUUGUCUUCGGUCUUGUCCUGCUCUCCCGACGAGAGUGGGCGCUCGGCGGAGUUGGCGUGGGCAUCGCUGCCAUCGCCGUCGUCGCAUCUGAGCUCGUCACGGUCGCCACGUACCGUCGCCAACCGCCGGUGUGCUUCUCUGAUGUCUCGUUAACCGAUGACUCGGGGGCGUCCGAUCAGGAGCGGGAGCCUACUCUCCACAGAAGAGUCGAGUCUGACCACUCGGCCCUAGCCCGCUUCCACGUCCUCCUACCAGGGCUUGGCCGCCUUCCCCCCGAAAAUCCUCUACCGUUCCCAACGGACGCGAUUGAUGACUACGUCUCGACGGAUCGUGCGAUGCAAGCCAGGCCAGACGCGUCCGUGACCGACGCCUUCGCUACCAGGGAUACCAGUGUGGUGGUAACGCCCCCAGCAGACGUCAGUCGUGGGCUCAUCUACCCCCCUGAGCUGCUUGUACCUGCCCCAACCGUGUGGCUUCCCUGUGGCGACGCCAAUGUGGGACAACAGGAGGCCGACGCGCUUGCGGUCGAGGGCCUCACAGCCGCGGUGGACCCACAACCCGCCUCGCUGGCACCUGGCGCGCCGGUGGGCCCCAGCCCCUAA